UAAGGUUGUUGAGUUUUUAAGGUUGUACAUGAGUAAUACAUUAGAUAUUCGACAGUUAUGGUCUUGCUAUUAAACCAUUAUUGAAAAAAAAUAGAGAAACUAAACAAAAAAUGACAUGAUUUGGGAUUUUUCGGGUCUCGUGGGGUAGAUGCAAGUUAAAAAAAAGUUCAAUGACGACACCCCCUUUCCCAGGAUCCUUCACUUCACCGUGUGUUGUUUCAAACAUGGAGGAGAGGGAAAGAAACAGAGCAAAGCCAGACAAUAAAGAAACAGAAACUGCAACCUGCUCCAGUUCACCGUCAGUCCCGGUGCAUGAACCGGAGGCGGGCGGUGGAGCUGGGGGCGAUGGCGCCGAUAAAACCGACGUGUGCUCGGAUAAGUUUGACCCUCUGCUGGCCCUGUACUCGCCCACCGUGUCGCUUCCUUUCCCAAAUAUCAAAUGCUUCAACAACGUGGCGGCGUACGAGAGCUUUCUGCGGGGCGGCCGCGGCAGAGCCAAGCCGGAGAACGUGGAGAAGAGGCGGCGGAAGGCGAUGAAGGGGGUGGCGGACCCGGAGCGCAUCGAGAGGCUGAAGAAGCUGAUGGUGAACAACCCGGUGAAGGAGACCGAGGAGGCGGGGAGCAGCGGCACACAGCGGCGGAGGAGGCACAAACCCCAGAAAAAUGUCCUGACAAUGAUGCCCUUAUGUAAGGGCAGUCCAUUGGGGGAGCUGUACCGAUGCGUCGAGGAGAGAAUAAGGGUCAAAGUUCACAUCAGGACCUUCAAAGGACUGAGAGGAGUCUGCUCCGGCUUUGUUGUGGCCUUCGACAAGUUCUGGAACAUGGCGAUGGUGGACGUAGAUGAGACAUACAGAGAGCCUCUGCUUGGAGAGGCACUCUACCAUGAAAAGGCGCUCACCAUGACACGGCUCUUUGACAAGCUGAAGCUCCAGGACAGCCCAGGAGGUGAUGAGCCAGCAAAGACGCACGAAUCCCAGAAAACAACCAGCAAGCAUCAGCCUGCGAACCCAAAAAGUACUCCAAAGAACCCGACUGCUCACCCGACUAGCAAGAGAGGGGACAGCAGGACGGAGUCCAAACUGUCAGACGCUGUUACAAUCAAAGAGGAUAAACAUGACGUCUCGCUGAAGGCGCGGCGUCCAGAGGCCUGUCAGAAGAAAGACUCCCAGACGUACGGCAGGGUCCAUACACGCCACAUCAACCAGCUCUUCAUACGGGGGGAGAACGUUAUCCUGGUGAACCCACAGCCACUCUGAUCAUUGUCCAGUGUUUGAUAUCUACCCUGCACAAAAGAAAGGUUUUCUACAACAACAAUUUUAGUUUUUUGCUGAACAUCUGUAGCGAUAGGUGUGACGUACUGAAGAUGAACUGCCGGAGAUGUGAUUUAAUUAGAUUCAGAGGAAUCAAACAAGAACUGUUGUUAUAUCAUAUUGAUAUGGAGGUUUUUCUCUGCCCACCAGAGAACUGAUCUUGAUUUUGAAGAAUAAAAGCUUCUCAGUUCUAAUUAUA